AUGACGGUUGCGACCGGCGACCCUGUGGACGAAGCAGCAGCGCAUCCGGGUCAGCCUCAUGACCAAUAUGACCCGGAGCCGGAUCAUGAGUGCUGUGAGAGGGUGGUCAUCAACAUCUCGGGCUUACGCUUUGAAACGCAACUCAAAACAUUGUCCCAGUUUCCAGAGACACUGCUGGGCGAUCCCAAGAAACGGAUGAGGUAUUUUGAUCCUCUUCGAAACGAGUACUUUUUUGACCGGAAUAGACCAAGUUUUGAUGCUAUUCUAUAUUAUUACCAAUCAGGAGGGAGGCUGCGCCGGCCUGUUAAUGUGACCCUGGAUAUUUUUUCUGAGGAGAUCCGGUUUUAUGAAUUGGGUGAGGAGGCUAUGGAAAUUUUCAGAGAGGAUGAAGGUUUCAUAAAGGAAGAGGAGCGGCCUCUGCCAGACAAUGAGUUUCAGAGACAAGUCUGGCUGCUGUUUGAGUACCCAGAGAGCUCAGGUCCUGCUCGUAUCAUUGCCAUCAUCUCUGUCAUGGUAAUUCUUAUCUCUAUUGUCAGCUUCUGUCUGGAGACACUGCCAGUUUUCCGAAAUGACGAUGAGGAGAUGUACAGUUUUCCUCUCCAAUCUAUGUCCAAUGCCACCUCAACCUUUGACAGCUCUACAUAUUUUACAGAUCCUUUCUUCAUUGUGGAGACCCUCUGCAUCAUCUGGUUCUCUUUUGAGUUCCUAGUCAGGUUCUUUGCCUGUCCAAGUAAAGCUGGAUUUUUUGGCAACAUUAUGAACAUAAUUGAUAUUGUGGCAAUCAUUCCCUACUUCAUCACCUUGGGCACAGAGCUAGCAGAGAGACCAGAGGACAGCCAAGCAGGCCAGCAGGCUAUGUCUUUGGCCAUUCUCCGUGUCAUUCGUCUAGUCAGAGUGUUUCGUAUCUUCAAACUAUCACGUCAUUCCAAGGGGCUCCAGAUCUUGGGGCAGACUCUGAAAGCCAGUAUGCGUGAGCUGGGCCUCCUCAUCUUCUUCUUGUUCAUCGGUGUGAUCCUCUUCUCCAGUGCUGUCUACUUUGCCGAAGCAGACGAGCCACAUUCCCAAUUCAGCAGCAUCCCUGAGGCCUUUUGGUGGGCAGUGGUUUCCAUGACCACUGUGGGCUAUGGAGAUAUGGUCCCAACUACCAUUGGAGGCAAGAUUGUGGGGUCUCUCUGCGCAAUCGCUGGUGUCCUGACUAUUGCCCUGCCUGUCCCUGUCAUUGUGUCGAACUUCAACUACUUCUACCACAGAGAGACAGAGGGUGAGGAACAGGCACAGUAUCUGAAUAUUCCAAGCGUGCCUAAAGUCAACUCAGCUGAGGAUCUAAAGAAGAGUGGUCGGAGCGGCAGUGGAUCCACUCUCAGUAAAUCCGACUAUGUGGAGAUCCAGGAGGCCGUUAACCACAGCACUGAGGACUUCAGACCAGAGGCGAUGAAAACAGGAAACUGCACCCUGGCCAACACUAACUAUGUAAACAUCACUAAGAUGCGUACAGAUGUAUAA